AUGGUUGAGGUCGAUGUACCCCUCGACAACACAGUCGCCUAUGACCGUGAGAAGGGCCAAAAGUGGGGAAAGACAUUGCAUGCUUCUAUGGCUACAAAGAAUGGCGGCAGUCAUGGCUUGGCUGGUGGUUUUGGCUUUGGUACGGUCCAGGCUCGAGGCGGCAGGAAAAAGGCCGAGGAUGAACAGGAGAACAUGGAUUGGGCAGAGGCUGUUAGGCAGGAUAAAGUGCUCCGGACACAAACCCUUGGUGGGCAGUAUCCUGAGUAUAAGGAGGUUCAGCAUAUGGUUGGUGUCUUUCAAGGCAAGGACUUACAUCUCACACCUGUAUCAUCACUUGUUCAUCUACGCCCACAACUUCACCACAUUGACGCAACCGUCCAACAAGCACGACAAGACGCAGCUACCAAGGAGUCCGCUCCCAGCACAGCAGCCGGCACUGCUCGCGCAAUUCACAUGACUGUCAAGGCUACUGGCGAUGGCGAUACCGUUACCACCGAAACUAUGGCUGACCGUCUACGAGCCGUGCAGACAGAGCACUGGCGAACUAUGCACUACACAGAUGAGAAUGAGGAGGCUGCCUGGGAGGUUUAUAACGAAAGCCUCUUCCUGCGCCCUGCUCAAGAGGAGGCCGCGGAAGAAGCAGAGAAAGCCGAUGGGGCGGAGGAAAAUGAGCCACCCCUUGAGGAGUCUGUGCCAAAGUUCGCCCGUCGAUGGGAUGACGAUGAGCUUCUUGAGGCCGUCAGCGGUAUUAAGAAACCACAACCCGCCCCAGAACCUGUUAAGGAAGAUCCCAAGCCAAUUGUUCCCGCCAAACAGCCAGAGCAACCUACGCCAGGGGCUGACGAGGCACGAAAGCCCAAGCUUCGACCACGCGGUGGAGCGGCGGGAACCGUUCCUCGACGGGGAGGUAGACCUCGAGCUACAGCUUCAAAGACGGCCAACGUUGAUGGAUGA